AUGACUACUAAUCGGAGCGCGAUCCACUUCACCGAGGCCAUGAAGCUGGUCUACGGCAAUAUCGACCACCUCUCAGAGGACGAAGCACGCAAGUGGACCGCCCCAGACAAGCCCGGCGCCGGAGGCCACCGAGGCCGGUACCUCUGGACCGAUGCCUUUGGCGUCGUCAACCUCAUCACGCUCUCCAAAGAAACCUCCUCCCCCAUCUACCUCACUCUCGCAAAGCAGCUCGCCCAAACCGUCCACAACAUCCUCGGCCGCACGCGCGACGGCACCGCGCGCCUGCCACGAGCCACCGACACCGAGCCCCUCAACGGCGGCCUCCGCAUCGGCAAGACCUCGGACCAGGGCCCCGACCGCGACGGCCAGUACCACCAUUACCUCACGCUCUGGAUGUUUGCGCUCAACCGCCUGGCCCUCGCGACGGGCGACAAGGAGUACAACCAGCUGGCCGUGCAGCUCGCCAAGGCCAUCCACCCGCACUUUGUCAUCCGCCGAGACGACGACGCCGCCGCGCUUCGCAUGGUCUGGAAAAUAUCUACCGAUAUGAACACCGUACUGGUCCCCUCCGAGGGCCACCUCGACGCGGCCACGGGGUUUGUGGUCUACCGCUUACUACAGCGGACGGCUGAGCACAUGCACGGCGCGUCGGAGGUGCUGAGCAGAGAGAUUGAUGACUAUAAACAGCUCAUGCAUAGGGCUGGGAAGCUGGAGGCCAGCCGGGACCCGUUGGAUUUGGGGAUGGGGCUGUGGAUGUGUCACUUCUUUAAAGAGGAGCCAUGGGCUGUCCGGCUGGGGAGUGAGAGCCUGGGAGUGGCAAGGGUUAUAUUGGAUAAGAACAAGGGAUUGAUGACGCGGGAUGCUUCGAGGAGGUUGGCGUUUAGGGAGUUUGGGACGUGCUUGGGGCUGGAGUGUUUUGGCGCUGACGAGGAGAUAAAGAGCGGAGUGGAAGCGGUAGUGAACUUUUGGCAUGGUUAUCUCGAAGAGUCGACAGACGAGGACCUGCGGCCCAUUUCGCUGGUCAUGUAUGCCGCGGCGUUGAUACCUGGAGCUCACAACAGUACGGCAUUGAUCGGCAAGCGAAGUAUUCCCGCCAUUUUCGCCCGAGGAGGAACUUCCACCGGUCUUGUCCUCUGGAGAAAAGAUCUGCCGCCUGAAUCCCAAUUCGGGCCCGUUGCCUUCGAUGGCGGCUUGUCGGAGCACUGCCGGAUAGAAACGGACCCUCAAACCGGCGAACGCACAGCUAUGGUGCGCAUAUUUAACACUAAUACGCGCAAGGUGGUGCAUUCUAGGUUCCGCGUUAGUGGAGAGCCGCCUUCGUAUUCUCCAAUGGGAACGUACGAGAUGGAUGGAGUACCAGGAAAGCAGUCACAAAUCAACCUCGGCUUCAUCAACCCCGGCGGUGCCGCGACCGGUAAAGUUUUGCCAACGGGCAACCGGGUCGACACUCUUCGCCUGCCGGACGGCGGUACGAUCGAGGCGUCUCUUGUUGACGUGUCUAACCCAGGCGUGUUUAUCCGCGUUUCGGACCUUGGCGUCCGAAAUCCGUCGUCGUUGGAUCCUACGGCCGUCGAGGCGGGUGCGGCGCUCAAAGCUCGUCUAGAGCAGAUCCGCCAGGCUGGCGCAUCCUUGAUGGGCCUUGACCCCAACACGCAGAGCGUUCCCAAAAUUGUGCUCGUGUUUCCUCCCGAAGUUACUCAACAGAGCCCCGGAGUCCACAUCAAGUGCCUUGCUUUGUCGAUGGGACAGGCGCACAAGUCCGUGCCGCUAACGUUGGGAUUGUGUCUCGGUGCGGCCGCUCGACUUCCGGGGACGAUACCCAACCAGCUCGCUGUCGGGGCUGACGGGAGUGACACCAUUGUUGUCGGACACCCGGGCGGCAAGCUGGACGUUGCGGCGAAGGCCAAAGAUGGGGAAGUCCUCUCGGUCCAUCUCUCGAGAACCGCCCGUGUGCUGAUGAAGGGCUCGGUGUUCUAUUGA